AUGAGUUCAAGUGCAAACAAUGGAAAUUUUCCAGCCCACAUGCCAAAUUUUGAUGGGAAAGAUUGGGAUAGAUGGAGAAUGCAUAUUCGAGCAUUGUUUGGAUUCCAAAAAGUGUUGGAAAUCAUAAAGAAAGGAUUUGAAGAAUUGGGAGCCAAUCCAACAGAGGAACAAAGAUCAAGAUUCAAAGAAAACAAGAAGAAAGAUUGCAAGACCAUCUUCAUUCUUCAUCAAUGCCUUGACACAGCCAACUUUGACAAAAUUUCUUAUGCAAAAAAUGCAAAAGAAGCAUGUGACAUUUUGGAGAAGUGUUAUUCUGGUGGAACCAAGAUCAAGAAAGUGAAAUUGCAGACCUUACAGAAACAGUUCGAAGUGUUGCAGAUGGAGGAACAAGAGAAGGUUUCAAAUUUGAUUUCAAGAUUGAGGAGCAUCACAAAUCAGAUGGCUAGAUGUGGAGAGAAGUUGUUCGACUAUGUUGUGUGCGCAAUUGAAGAAUCUAAAGACAUUUCCGCAUUGAGUCUUGAAGAGUUGCAGGGAACUCUAGAAGCAAGAGAGUUGAGAAUUGAUGAAAGGAGUGGGGGAAAUUCUGGAAAUCAGGCAUUGGUAGCAUAUGCCAACAAGAGGGGAUACCAGAAAAAGAAAUGGAGGAAGAACAAAUUCAAGAAACCUGAAGAUAAGUCUGAAUCUUCAUCAAAAGGAGGAAAUUCGAGUGGAGGGAAACAGAAGAAGAAAAGAGAAGAUGAAGCAUGUGUUGCUCAGGAAUGUUCUUCAUCAGACUCAAAUACAGUCUUGCUGUUGGCUACCACAAACGAAGAACGAUCUUCGUUUUCAGCCACAUACGAAGAACGAUCUUCGUUUUCAGCCACAGACGAAGAACGAUCUUCAUUUUCAGAAACAAUCUUGUUAAUGGCCACCACAAACGAAGAACAUUCUCCAUCCCAGGUAUGGUUCCUUGAUAUUGGUUGUUCCAAUCACAUGACAAGUCAUAAAUAA